CACACACACCACCACACACGCCUCAGAGACUCAUAGUGGACGAGUAAUUGUGUAGAUAUUCACGUCAGCUUCCGCUGCCUACGCAUGUCUCACCAAUGCUUUCCCAUUCAAGCGGUUCACCGUCCCGCCCAGCCGUUUUUUCAUUCGUCUGUCGCUCAACUCGGAGCAUGUCUUGGGCUUUUCAUGUCUGUUGAGGCUUGCCAACCGUACUCUUCACCGCCUCAUUCAUCGAAUCUGCGGAAUGGGCCGCUUAUUCAUGACGGCGAUGAGGCGUUUCCUUCCCGGCAGCAGACGCGAGAGCGAAGUUUACUGGUGGUCAAGCCACGCUGCCGACGGGAUGAUUCCCCCCCAAAGUAUGAUCUGAUGCAGCGAUGCUCGCCUUGCCAAUCUCAACCCUGAACCCAUCGAAUCACAUCCCCGGGAUUCGAUCCCCGGUUACACAAAGUUGAAGCUCCAGAGUUCACGCCAAGCCUCAUGUCACCCUGCCGCAAAUUAGAAAACGAAACAAAUCCCAUCCUCAAAGGCAUCCCGCUGCUCUCCUCACGGCCACGACCGCCUAGCCUCAAACAUUGACGUCGAAAGGCCCUUCCGAAGAGCAUCAGGCCACCUCAAAAGCCACAAUAUCCCAAAACUUCCAAAAUUCAAGGUCCUCCGGAUACCUGGAAUCAGAAUGUCUCAAGCCAGUGAAGCCACAACGUCCAGUUCAGGGGUUCCCUAGCAGAGUGACAGUGAUGACCCAGUCCGUAUUGGUUUUAGACUUUCCAGCUAACCACAUAUCGCACGUCAUGUCCGCCCAGAGACACCGCCCCCAGUGCGACCCCUCGAAGAACAAACUCCACAGGUUCGUCUCCCUCCGCUCGGGUCGUCCCCGUCCCGAAGGGAGCCCCAAAGGGAGAACCAAUUCAACCAGUCUACUCCAGUCCGUCCUCUCGUAGACUCGUAGCACGUCGAACCAAAGUUUCUCCCUAGAUGUGAUUCCUCAAGAGUCUCAAUUUCAUCCGGCGACCGGACAUAAGCACGAUUACCAACCCUCUUACUACCCCGGGUAGCCCACGGCAGUGUGGUAGUCUCGACGGCACAAUGGCACCAAACACGGCACGCCUCACAGUCUUCGUCUUCGGCCUCUCCUCCUUCGCAGCGGGAGUCCACUCCCUCCUCCGUCCCCACGACUCCCUCAAGGCGCUAGACCUCCCCGCUGCCGCUCUCCCCGCAGCCAACGGCAACGCUCUGGCCGCCAUUGCGAUGGGCAUCUACUACACCCUAGCAGCCGCCCAAGACAACCGCGCCUUCUUCCUCGCCACCGUCCCAAUGCGCCUGACAUCCGCCUUCGUAUUCUGGCGACAGGACUGGGGUAUCGUUUCCGGUUGGGAGGGUGGGAGCGCGGCAUUGACGCUGCUUGCCUUGGCUUGGGAUGCUCGGCAAGGAACCAAGACUCACGAGGCUUGAGAGGCUGGGCACCCAUAUGUCGCCUAACGAAGAUGCGGAACAUGCCGGGAGAUCGAGAAUGGGUGAUCCAGUCUUCUGUUCUAGAUCUGAAUUGAUGUGCACUUUUGACUGAGAUGAUGUCUUUCGAUGUGAGAUUUAAUCUCGAGUUCCCAUUCACGGCCAGUGGGUGAGGAAGACAGCCUGACUUGUGCAGUGUGGCCUUGGAGGAGGGAAGAUCAUCACUCGAGACCAAUGGCAGACUGAGUAGCAAAGACAUGAGGCGAACCAGUCUUAGAUCCUGACCCAG